CAUGACAAUUCACAACGAAUCAUCACUAUACCAGGUACACAUGAUUCAAAAUGGAGAGCGAUAAUGUUAUCGAAUCUUCAAAAAAAAUAGUUUCGCCUCUUAUGGACAGAAAAUUAACACAAUUAGAGGAAAAGGCAGCUGUUUUAGAAAAAGAUUUUGAAAGCAUCUUGAAGAGAACUAGUGAAAUUGAGCUUUGGGCAAAGCAAUAUGAAAUAAAGGUGAAUGAAGAAAAAAGACUGAUUGGUUUGUUGCAUACUCUGGUCAGACCAGGAGACAGACGUGCAACAAGUCUAAUGAAUCACGUCUCGGUCUUCUUUGACGAGGUUUUGACGAGACUAGAAAACAAAGGAGUUCGAUAUAAUAACAUUAAAUUCUUGUAUAGAGACUUAAACAAACCAGAAGUAAUUUCUACAUUAGAGACAGUUUUAAGUGACAUGAAUUUUACGUCAGACGAAGUAAAGGAUGUGAGACUUAUCAUUGAACUUGUACAUUCAAGGGUGAGACGAAAAACAAAACUAAUGGGAGCAUACGAACUGCAGUGUGUAGAGACUGAUUCAUCUUUUAUGCAGCAGGAAAUCAAAGUGUUCUUGCAAGUUAGAGAUGAAAUAGACGAACCGAUGAGAAAGGUACUGAAAAAGAUAGUAGCCUCGUGUUAUACCGAAAGCCAAGAGGCCAAAGGAGACCAAAACAACAACACGUAAUCAUAAAAUACGUCACAAUAACAAAUCAAAUAAAUUAGUUAUAACGAUAUUUGUAUAUACAUUUUAAAAGUAUCUAAAUAGAAUUCUAUAAAUUUCCAAAUAUAUCUCCAAAUGAA